GUAUGCUAAGAUUUGAAUGUUCGUGCACAAUCCCGUGUUGUUUGCGUAGAACUCGCUAUGUGCCAGUUGUGUGUAAUAUAGGCUACGUUGCGUUUCACGCAUGAUGUGCACAAUGCAUUGUAUCAUUUCCUCCUUGUUUGACGUUUAAGGAAUUCAAGGAUAAAAUACAUCAUGCGCAUCAUGUGUGAAACGGAAUGUAACUGUAGUGCAUUUCAAUAUUAUACGUAAAAAGCAGGUUGUUUCGUCAGUGUUAUAGAGUCACUCAUAUAGGUUCUUAUAACUGCUGCAUAAAUAAAUACGUAAUGGUAAUCGUCAAAAGUCUGUUGGCAGUAGUUUUAUUACUUGUCACCAGCCAAGGAAUUCUUUAUCAAGAUAAUGAAGCAGUGGAUAAUCAAAUAGUGGAAGAUUCCAAGGAGAAUCAAUUUCGUUUACGACAGAAUGUUGUGCCUAUCCAUUACGAUGUAAAACUAAUACCUUAUAUGGAAAAUAAUUUUACUAUUGAUGGCGAAACAAACAUCGAUGUCGAAGUGCGCGAACCGACGAAUGCCAUCGAAUUACACGUUGUAUAUCUCGCAAUAGACGAAUCGCUGACGAAGAUAACUCGCAAAUGCGCAGAUGUAAAUUCUGAAUCGGAGUAUGUUCCAAAGCAUGAAUAUAACUCUGAAACACAAAUUUUGACGCUACGAUUUGAGGAAUUAUUGGAUCCUGGAUUCUAUACGCUGCAUUUUAUUUUCACGGGUGUGAUACAACCAUUUGACUUUUACGGAUUGUAUAGAAAAUCUUAUAUUAACGACAAAGGAAAUAAGAUAUGGUUAGCAGUAACACAAUUUCAAGCAACCAAUGCGCGACAAGUAUUUCCGUGUUGGGAUGAGCCUGCCAUAAAAGCGACUUUCAAAUUUUCCAUCAAGCACUAUCCUAAUUAUACAGCAUUAUCGAACAUGCCAUCCGUGCGAUCGAAAAUCGACACAGCCGACGGAAAAUUAUGGACGUACUUCGAGACAACUCCUAUUAUGUCUACCAAUAUAUUAGGAUUUGUGAUUGCUGGUUAUGAUCAUAUCUCAAAUUUAGAAGGUAAUGUCAAAAUAUGGGGACCAAAACACCUUCUUUCUCAUGCCGCACAGUCCCUCGAUAUUGCCGAGAAGGCAAUGCAGGAACUCGAAAAAUUCACCAAUAGCACCGUUCCUGUGCCGAAAAUGGAUCAUGUUGCCAUUCCAAAUUAUGUCGGUACUGAAAAUUGGGGUUUGAUCAUCUAUGAACAAAACAUACUUCUUGAAGAUAAGAGCUUACCUUCAAUUAGUAACAUAGACUAUAUUACGACAAUCACUGACGAAUUAGCGCACCAGUGGUUUGGAAAUUUUGUCAGUCCAAUUUGGUGGAAAUAUCUUUGGUUAAGUCAAGGCAUAUCGACCUAUCUGAAAUACUAUAUUACUGACAAAUUUCUCAAAGAAAAACGAUUGAUGGAUUAUAUUGUAGUGGUCGAAGAACAAGAAAUGCUGUUAAGAGAUGCACUUUACUCUACCCCAAUUCAUGUAAAUAUCAUUGGAUCUGACCUAGAUGUUACUGACGUAUUUUCUAUCAGAACAAAUAUAAAAUCUGCUUGUCUUCUGCGAAUGACAUCGCAUUUCUUGGGGGAGGAUGUGUUUCGAAACGGUUUAAUAAAAUACCUUCAAGCACAUAAAUAUAAUAGUGCUACAGCAGAUGAUUUAUGGAAGGCAUUACAAGAUGCCCUUGAUGAAUCAGAUGUACCGCAUAACAAUUUUAAAGUAAAAGACGUAAUGGACACUUGGUUCGAGCAGGGAUGGUAUCCACUCGUUACGGUUCAUCGAGAUUAUACUACAGGCGACAUCAAGAUAACGCAAAAAAUGUUUAAAUAUGACAAAACCAAUUUUGAAUAUGAAAGAAACGAAACAUGGUGGAUACCUAUAAAUUUUGCAACGCAAAGUAACUUGGAUUUUUCGUCAACGUUAGCCACCCAUUGGCUGAAACCGGAUGACGAGGAUAUAACAAUCGAAGGAGUUGACACUAAUGACUGGAUUAUUGUAAAUAAACAUCUGACAGGAUUUUAUCGUGUAAAUUACGAUACAACCAAUUGGAAAAGAAUUGCUACUUUUCUUAAUUCUGACAACUACGACAAGAUCCCAGUUCUGAAUCGUGCACAAAUUCUUGACGACGCUUUCUAUAUGAUGGAGACUGAACAACUUGACUCUAUUACUGUCGUUGAAAUUAUGAAUUAUUUGUCACGCGAAAUUGAUCCUGCACCAUGGUACAGAGUUCUUAAAAACUUUCUUGCAAUACAUAAUCUUUUGCGGUUACCCAAAGGAGAAUCAAUCCUUAAGCCAUAUUUGUCGACCAUUAUGCGUAAACUAUUUGAACGUAUCGACUUUGAUGGAAAUCCUGAUGAUGACUUUUUAACUAUAAAUAUUAGAAAGGAUCUGUAUAAAUAUGAUUGUAUACAUGGACUUUCGGAUUGUCAAGCUAAAAUUACUUCUAAAUUACUUGCAUAUGUGGACGAUCCAAUUGCAAAUAAACCAUUAUUCCAGGAAUGGCUAUAUUGUUUAGGUCUCAUAAAAGCGAAUGAAUCUUUUUGGGAUCAAUUCUUACAAGCACGUCAGAGAACAUCAAAAUCUCAUGAACAGUUUCUUGGUUGUUCGGAGAACUUGCACGUUCUUGAAAAACAAUUAAAUUCUAUUUCUGAAAAGGGAGAAAAAGAUGAAAGAUAUAAACAAUAUGAUAUCUUCUUUAAUAAUGUGUUCACAAUUUUUCCAACUACUGAAGUAGCAAUUCAAUUAUUUAUUAAUAAUUACGAGAGGUUUUACAAUACCGAUGCACCAUUUACUCUUGAGAGGCUCGUUGAUAAUAGUUUCAGAGAAGAAGAACUUAACAAGAUAAAAGAAUUUGCUGAACAACAUAAAAUCAAUAUACAAAUAUGGAUCAACAAUAGGAAAGCAAUCUUAGACAAAAUGAACAAUAAUUUGUUGAAACUUUUUGGUGCCUUAGAAAAUCAACAAACCAUCAAUCCAACAAAUUAAGCAAUGAUACUUCAUAGUCGGAUUUAAUUCAAGUGUAAUAAAAUAAAUAAAUAUAUAAAUUAUGAAUAUAUAUGAGUAAUAAAGAA